AUGUCAACACGACAAGAGACCUUCCAAGCUGAACAAGCAGCACUCUUAGAAAAGACACACCAGGGAUUGGACCAGCUAUUUCGCAAUUUGAAUCAGUUGCAUGGCAAUCUGGAGCAGAUCAACACUGUCGGCAAAGGGUUUCACUAUGCCUCUGAUAUAUGGCACGACUUUUACAGUGCACUCAAGGAACACAAUGAUAGCACGGGAUCUGGUGGUGGACAACAACAACAACAACAACAACAGUAA